AUGGUCAAAGUAUUCCUCGAGGAGCUCGUCAAGAAACACUACCCGGGAGCUUGUCUCUUUGGAUGGCCCUGGGAACGGACUAUUCCUCCAACUUUACAAGUUCCAGUACCUGCCAGUUACAACGACAUUUUUGUUGACUCGAAUAUCCGCAAUCAUGUCGGUUGGGCCUAUAAUCAAAGACGCUUCAAUGUUCCCCCGAGUUGGACUCAGCAUCGUUACUUUUGGCGUUUCGAUGCUGCAACUCACAAAGGACGUGUCUACAUCAACGAUCAAUUUGUUACUGAGCAUAUCGGAGGAUAUACUCCUUUCGACGUCGACUUGACAGGAAUUGUUAAGCCCGGACAGCAGGUCCGUUUGACUGUCGCUGUCAACAAUGAGCUCGACUGGCACAAAUUCCACCAGGAAGAGUUGAAACGCUCAGUAAUGGAAAGCGAAAGCAACACUACCAACACGACCUCUUCAACUCAGCUCGUCCAUGGCAACCAGGCGCUGCAUACCUUUACCAGCUCCAUGAAGAGAUUAUUUUCCGCGAUGAGACAGUGCUGGACACAUACGAAUUGGCCGUUGGCAUACGUUCAAUUGAGGUUUCUGGAAACCAAUUUCUUAUCAACGGAAAACCAUUCUAUUUUACUGGCUUUGGCAAACAUGAAGAUACACUUAUCCGUGGCAAAGGUCAUGACCUCGCCUAUAUGA